AUGACGCGCAACAACUUGGACGAGCACUUGCGCUGGUUGUUGAGCGAGAAGCCUUCCAUCCCGUCUGGCAUCAUUGUUUUGCCGCCCGCGACAACAGCGAUUUCGAGCGCCGAGACCAUCGAGACACCGAGUGCAAGGGUGCAGGAAGUUGAAGAGCCUGAGGAUAUUUCUGCGCAGCCUGCGGGGCGUCCAAGAUCACCUCCAGCGGAGAUUCCGCAAAGAGACAAUAUGGUGAGGACGAGGAUAGCGCCUGGCUCUGCAGCCAGGCCACACAGUACAACUGGAUCACGGAUGCCAGAGAUGUCGCCGACGAGGGAUGUAGAAGCUCGAGCUCCACCACGAACGGAAUCACGUACUCCUGCUUUACAGCGCACACCUCUGAAGGCUCGGCCGAAUGAGAUCAACAUGCCGGGUGGAAUUGAAGUUAUGGACUUGACAGAGAGCAUGAGUGAGCUGGGGACACCUUCAAGAUCGGAUGUGACGUCAAAUACGGGGCGGAAGAGAAAGAGCGAUGACUAUGAGCGGGACUUGAGGCCUACUUCGGCUCCUCCAAAGAGGCUGAACUUGAAUGAUAGGCCGCUACCCUUCAUGCCAUCACAAGAGUUUCGACCAAUUGAUGAGAGCCCUGAGAAACAGAACAGCCCACCUUCAGAACCUCCGCCUCCCUACUCGACCAUUCCUCAGGUCGUGAAAUCAGGUUCACCGCUGCGGCAACCCGGAGUGGUGGUUCGCCCAGCUGCGCGCUCUCCUGCGAGGAACGAGCGCAUGAUGGCUGACUCCGAUGAAGAGGAAGAUCUCAUGAACUUUGCCGAUCUUGUACAGCCUCAAUCGCGGAAGACACCGUCGCCAAAGAAGCGUAAAGUGCUACCUCCACCGUCGGUACCUCCAAUGGGAGACGACUUCCAACCAUUGGACGAGGAUGACGACGCACCGAACCGGCACGAAGUCAGGUAUCCUGAGCUACACGUAACACCUGCCAAUGGCACUGCAUCUCUGCGUACGCCUGCCCCGACUCUCAGCACGCAAGACGCCUCUCCUAUGCCCACUGAGUCCGCAGUCCUACUCAAGAAAGCACUUGCUCUACCUGACUCGGCGUUCAUGCAAACAAUGCAGAGACUGGACGCUCGCUAUGACUUGAUAUGCGAAGAGAUUGCGGAGAGGAUGGAUGAAGACGAAGACACAUCUGAUCUUGAUCGCGAACUUGAUACAGUCACCUUGCGGAAGGGGUCUUUGAAAUCUCUGAUGGAUAAACGAGGAGUACACCGCAGUCUCUCGGAUGAGAGAGACAGGCUGAAGGCGGAGAUGCUACAAGCCGUCCGCUCCCGGGUCAAGGAGAACAUCGAUGCCGCGAAGGAAGCCAACAACGCAGGAAAGUCAAGACUUGCUGCAAUGGAGGCCGACUGCUUAUCUUUGCUUCAUGCCUGUGAAGAUGACAUUCGUUCUGCGGUUGAGAGACAUGACAGUGUUGUCGCUUCGUCUGUUCCUCAGAAAGUGGCUGUCAAAUCGACCCAGAUGCCUACUACCACUCGCGAAGAGAGUCGCCCGGCCAUACCCAGCUCGAGUCGUAUCGCCCAAACUCAGAUGCCUCCACCGAUAGCACCUCCGGCGCGAAACCAAGCUGCGCCCAUACAGUAUGGCCACUCUUCGCGAUUUCAGGCAGACAACACCAAGCAGACGACGUUUUCGAAUGACGACUUUGCAGACAUUGAUGACGAGGAUAUGUAUCCUCCCAAUGACAACAUAUUCCGCAAUCGAAUGGGAACCCCGCCUGCACAGUAUCACGACGAUGAUGACUUUGGACUGGACGACGACGACGAAAUGCUUGAGUUUGCCGAAGACUUCGAGAAUCAAGCACAUCGUGGAAAGCAGCCUGCAAAUGCAAGUCACUCGAUGUUUGGCGAUGCUGCCAAUCAAACCCAAACACGGCGUUCCGCUCGCAAAUCCAAGAAGACAUCUUUCGAAGAUGAAGCCGAAGAAGAACGAAAGUACUUCUCAUUCCCGUGGUCAAACGAUGUGAAAACUGCAUUGAAAGAGCGUUUCCGACUCAAGGGCUUCCGCGAGAAUCAAGCAAACGCCAUAAACGCGACACUUGGCGGGAGAGACGUCUUCGUCCUCAUGCCCACAGGUGGUGGCAAAUCGCUUUGUUACCAGCUACCUGCCUUGAUCCGAAGCGGCAAGACACGUGGCGUGACUGUCGUUGUGUCUCCUCUUGUCAGUCUUAUGGAAGACCAAGUCCAGCAUCUGCGGAAGCUCAAUAUCCAGGCUUUCUUGAUCAAUAAGGAGACGACCCAAGAGGAGCGCGGUUUCCUGCUGGAUGCUAUGAAAGACCCCAACGUCGAGACCUUCAUCCAGCUGUUGUACGUUACGCCCGAAAUGUUGAGCAAGAGUCAGGCUUUCAUGAAUGCUUUCCAGCGGCUGCACCGAGGGGAUCGCCUUGCCCGCCUUGUGAUUGAUGAGGCACACUGUGUCAGUCAGUGGGGCCACGAUUUCCGUCCGGACUACAAGGCUCUGGGCGAUGUGAGACGCCAGUUCCCCGGCGUGCCGGUCAUGGCAUUGACAGCAACCGCCACCGAGAAUGUGAAGGUUGACACGAUUCACAAUCUGGGCAUUGACGGAUGUGAGGUCUAUACGCGAAGCUUCAAUCGAGCCAAUCUCUACUACGAAGUGCGCAUGAAAGGCAAGGGGAAGGAAGACCUCGGCAGCAUUGCAAGUCUCAUCAAAGAGAAGCACGCCAAGCAGACUGGGAUCAUCUACUGCCUAUCACGCAAGAAUUGCGAGGACAUGGCGAAAGCUCUCAGGAAGGAACACGGCGUCAAAGCUCAGCACUACCAUGCAGGUAUGGAGCCGGCUGAAAAGUCUGAGGUACAACAGCAAUGGCAAGCCGGAAGACACCACGUCAUUGUUGCCACGAUCGCAUUCGGCAUGGGCAUUGACAAGAGCAAUGUGCGCUACGUGAUCCAUCACAGCAUGCCCAAGUCACUGGAAGGGUACUACCAGGAGACAGGCCGAGCUGGUCGCGACGGGAAACCAUCCUCAUGCUACCUCUUCUACGGCUACCAAGAUGCGGCGAAGCUUCAAAGGAUGAUUGACGACGGAGAAGGGAGCAGAGAGCAGAAGAACCGUCAGAGGGAGAUGCUCCGCAAAAUGGUGCAAUACUGCGAGAACCAGGCAGACUGUCGCCGAGUGCAGGUUCUCAGCUACUUCAGCGAAUCUUUCGACCGCGACGAUUGCGAUGGGGGUUGCGACAACUGCAACUCGGAUUCCACAUUCGAGGACAAGGAUUUCACGAACUAUGCUCGGCAAGCUGUGAACAUGGUGGUGCAAAUUCUCGAGAUGAGACAUGAAGUCACAAUGCUCCACUGCAUUGACGUUUUCAGGGGAGGCAACAGCGCCAAGAUCAAGGAGCUGGAGCACGCAGAUCUGGACGAAUACGGCGCCGGCAAGGACCUCGAUCGCAGCGAGAUUGAGCGCCUCUUCUACCGACUCCUCACCGAGAACGCCUUUCAGGAGGAAAACAAAGUCAAUAAAGGCGGUUUCGCGUCACAGUACGUGCGUCUGGGCGGCAAGUUCAAGCAAUUCCAACAGGGCAGAAUUUCUUUCAAGAUGCAGGUCCGAACUUCGCCUCGCAAGAAGAAUGCCAAAGCACCGGCAAAGAAGGCAAAGAAGAAGGAAGCGCCUCGCGAGCUGCCAUUGUCCACCAAUGUAUCGUCACCGGUACAGGCAGCUUCAAAGCGGAAGAGGCCUCUCCAUCAGGCCAAUCUCCGUGACAUGCAUGCUAACGGCUACGAACGCGAUGACUUUGUUGUCGAUGAUGGCUCCGAGUAUAGUGAGGAAGAAGCCUUCGAUCCGCCACCUCGCAACACUCGCAAGACUCGCAACACACACAAAACGCAUAAAGAAGUCGGACCUCCAAUCACCAACGAUGCUGUCAUUGAUAGGCUCAAUGAUGUGCACAAGUUGAUACUGGAAGAGUUUACGGGUCUCGCCGAAGCCAGAGCAAAAGAAAUCCAACGCAAGAAGUCGAUGAAGAUGGUGCCUUUUACCAACACAGCUCUGCGUGAAAUGAUUCUUCAGUGGACCGAGACUCCCGAGGAAAUGAUGAGCAAGAUCCCAAAUCUCGAUUCCGACAAGGUUGAUGCUUAUGGCAAGUUGUUUGGCAAGAUGGUCACCAAUGCUCGUGUUCGUUAUGAAGAAAUGCUGCGACAAGCUGAGGAGGUUGGCCAGGACAAUCAGUCCGACAACGAACCUGAGAACAAGCACAAUCAGAACGUGAUCGAUCUUGUGAGCGAGGACGAAGAGUUCGGCGGCUUCCCGUCUGGCAUGGAAGAGGAGGAAGAGGAAGAUGGCGAGCAGAGUGCCUACUUCCAGACUGCCCCCAACGUGCAAGCCUUCAACGCUCGUUUCCAGCAAUCUCAAUCAGUGGGCAUGAGGACCAUGCCGGCACAACAGCCGACCAAGGCUUCGCCAAAGGGGCGUAAGCGCAACUACAAGGCCAAAGGCAGGGGUGGGGCCAAGAGUCAAGCGUGGCCAGCGCGAGGUCGAAACAACUCUGGCAGCUAUGACAAUUCGCGGUCGGCGUCAGGUGCUGGUGUUACCAAGAGGAAGUCCUCAAACAAGAAUACCAGGGGUGGUGCCUCUGCUGGGGGCUCGUCUCGGCUUGAAGGGUACAUCUUGGCGAUGCCAACAUGA